CCUCCCACAGCAGGACCCAGUGCCCUCCAUAGAGUCCAUUAUUGCCGCCUCCAAGCAACAGCAGCAGCAGCAGCAGCAGCAGCAGCAACAACAACAACAACAACAGCAAGACUUACCAGGCCAGCAGCCGCCGUGGCAUAUCCCCCAUCCGCUUCCUAUGGCCCCGCAAUCCCAGCAACGUGAAUUGCCCCCCGCGCAGCCCUCUAGACCGAAUCCGAACAAGCGAAAGCUCGACGACACCGACACGGAGGAUCCCCACAAAAAGAUUCGUCGUGUCGUCCGCGACCAUGUCGUCCCAGAUCCAAACCGCGCAGUGCCCAUGACCACCGUCAUCUGCCUCCACGCCGCCGUCGCCCAAAAAUCGUACGGCAGCGAGAAGCGCUUCCUAUGUCCGCCACCCGUCGUCCAUAUCGAGGGCCCCGUCUGGCAGAUGCGUCAGCAGCAGCUCUCUAUGUCCGUCGUCUCCGAGACCGGCGAGCGUGCGUUCGAGCAGAAGCAGCCGCUCGAUAACAGCAUGUCCGCAAGCUUCAAGUACCUCCACGUAACUGGCACCGCGAAAGCGAAGAGCUUCCAGCUUUCGCUCGAGAUCGCGGAACCCUUGCCUCACAGUACCGGUUCAGAGGGCACCGACGCCACCCCAGGACGCGUCUGGGCCACAUUCGACUCCGCCCCGGUCACCAUCAUUUCGAAGCCUUCGAAGAAGACGGCGAAGACCCGUAACAUCUCGUCCUGCAUCCUCGCCGGUGGCCCCGUCUCGCUCUUCAAUCGCAUCAACUCACAGACCGUGCGGACGAAGUACAUGACCAUCGAUCAGACUCAACUUUGCGCCAGCAACGUCUCUUGGUCUGCUUUCAACGUGAAUGUCGUUCGACGAGCACAGGAGCCGCCGUCCCAUGUCCCCCAGCCAGUCACGUACGGCUCGGAGAUCAUCCUCACGGACACUCAGUCUGGUAUCUCGACCGCGCCACUCGUCAUCCGCAAGGUAGACAAAGGUAAGAUCGCCACCGAUGACGGUGGCCCGGUCAGUCAGAUGCAGAAGAUCGCACUUCAGCGAGUCAACCCAGACGGCACUCGUCAUUACUUGUCCGCCUCUGGACCCAUGCCUGGUGCAGGUGGCGCCGCCGCUACAUCCCCUGGUGCGGCCGGCACACAUCCUCUAAUCUUCCAGUCACCUCGGAUACGGGAGGAAGUGAAGGAAGGUACGCGCGUUGUGAUCGACGAGGUGGACGAUUAUCUGUGUUGGACGAUUGUGGGAAUCUCCAAAUUCCAAUACACGUUCUUCGACGCGUUUGGGCCCAACAACAACAUCCCCGAGAAGCCGAUCACUCCGUUCCCGACGCUGUUCACGACGCCCGUCUACCAGCCGACGCGGAGUCAUGCGCUCGACAUGACGGUCUCCAACUUUUACUACGUCCACCCCAAGACGGGAGCGCACACGCCGCUAGACGUCUACCUCGGCAAUAUCGGCCCUCUCCCAUUCUCAGUGUACCCAGAUAAAUUCUCACCGCUCACGAGCAUCUCGCCGUUCGUGCACUCACACGGACCAGGCCAGAACGGCGGCCCCUCGACGGAAGUGGCCGAGUCGCCACUCGGGUCGAGGUACAUCACUUCGGGUCACACGCACACGAUGCUGAUCGUCGACUUGCCACCCUUGGCAGAGAUCAUGAAGGCGGUCGAGGACGAGUCUCCCGAAGAGCGAGAGAGCGGUUCGUCGCGCACACGAGGAGACCGUGAGGACUCUGGGGUCGUGACGAUUGCCGCACCUCAGGCGCUCGCAGGACGCAGCCUGCCGCUCCUGUUCAUCCGCUCCGCGGACGGCGUAGGCUACCACUCUGGGCGGACGGUCGCCAUCGAGAACCUCUUCCAGGAGAUGAGCGGCCUUGGGGGAGACGCGUCGGGGUCUGGCGUCGAGACGCAAUGGUUAGCGGCCGCGCAGGCGGCGGCGGCAGCGGAUGGCGGUCUGCAUGGGUGGACAUUGAGGGUCGUGUAAUCGUUUUGUACUUUCACUAGGCCGUAUGUCGUUCUGCGUUCAUUGGUUUUGCUGGCCGCGCUCGGUUGGACGAUGGAACGGAAGAUUGAGAGGUCUUGGUCGUGACGAUGGGUUUCUUUUUUUUUCUGUGUGCCUCGCUUGCUUUUUUACAUGAUCGUUAUCGCUGUCUUGUUGCUUGUCUUUUAUGUAUUCAGUUUUUUCUCUCUCCCUCUCUCUCUCUCUACUCGUAGUGCUACAUACGUAUGACAGAAGUGCCCUGUGAAAGUGUGAAUGCAAAUGAAUGACGGUUUGUUCUC